AAAGGAGACAUUUCAAGAAAACAUGGCAUCUUGGGAAGACAAGAAAAUUCUCAUCACUAGAAAUUUGCAGGAAGUACUAGGAGAUGAAAAACUUACAGAAAUUAUAAAGCAAAGGGAUUUAAAAAUCUACUGGGGCACUGCUACUACAGGUAGACCUCAUGUUGCUUACUUUGUGCCGAUGUCUAAGAUCGCAGACUUUUUGAAGGCAGGUUGUGAAGUAACUAUUCUUUUUGCUGACCUGCAUGCAUACUUAGACAAUAUGAAAGCUCCAUGGGACCUGUUGGCCCUCCGCACUCAGUACUAUGAGGCAGCAAUCAAAGCUAUGCUAACUUCAAUUGGUGUGCCAUUAGAUAAGUUAAAGUUUGUUAGGGGCACUGAAUAUCAGCUGAAUAAGGAAUACACACUAGAUGUGUACCGUAUGUCAUCUGUCAUUACUGAGCAUGAUGCAAAAAAAGCUGGCGCUGAAGUGGUCAAGCAAGUAGACCAUCCCUUGUUAAGUGGUCUCUUGUACCCGGGACUCCAAGCAUUGGACGAAGAAUACUUGAAGGUAGAUGCUCAGUUUGGUGGAGUUGAUCAGAGAAAAAUAUUUACUUUGGCGGAGAAAUAUCUUCCUCAACUUGGAUAUGCUAAGAGGGUUCAUCUUAUGAACCCCAUGGUGCCUGGUUUAACAGGGGGAAAAAUGUCUGCAUCCGAAGAGGAUAGCAAGAUUGAUCUCUUGGAUGAUCCUUCAAAUGUAAAGAAAAAGCUUAAAAAGGCCUUCUGUGAACCUGGCAACAUUACAGACAAUGGAGUACUUUCUUUUACCAAGUAUGUAGUCUUCCCACUGAUGAAACCAGGUGAGACUUUUAAAAUAAGUAGAGCAGCGGAAUAUGGUGGUGAUGUAGAAUACACUAAUUUUGAGGAUCUCGAAGCAGCAUUUGCCAAGCAAGACAUUCAUCCAGGUGACCUGAAAGCUUCUGUCGAACAAGCUAUUAAUAGGCUUCUGGCCCCAGUUCAAAAAAUAUUUAAGGAUCCCAAGCUACAAGAGCUUACAAAGAAAGCCUACCCACUUCCAUCAAAAGUAAAAGGUAAAGGUAAUGCUGAAAGUGAUGAAGUUACACCAUCAAGGCUUGAUAUAAGAGUUGGGCGUAUUGUUGAAGUGUCUAAACAUCCUGAUGCUGAUGCCCUUUAUGUUGAGAAGAUUGAUGUAGGUGAGGGAGAACCAAGAGCUAUUGUAUCUGGCCUGGUUAAUUUUGUGCCUAUUGAGGAGAUGCAAAAUAGGGAUGUUGUUGUUUUAUGCAACUUGAAGCCUGCCAAAAUGAGGGGUGUGGAAAGUAAAGGUAUGGUGCUGUGUGCUUCUGUUGAUGAGCCAAAGCAAGUGGAGCCGUUGUUACCUCCAGAAGCCAGUAAACCGGGUGAUAGGAUUGUUGUGGAGGGCUAUGAAACUGGUGAACCAGAUGAGGUACUGAACCCCAAGAAAAAAGUCUGGGAAAAGUUACAAGUUGAUCUUAAGACAAAUGCUAGCCUCUUAGCCACUUGGCAGGGAAAUAAACUUAUAAGUAAACUUAAUGGAAAUCCAACAACUACAAAGUCUAUGAAAAAUGCUCCAAUUAAGUAAUAGGUAUAUUGCGUAUUUAUUUCCAUUUAAGCCUGGUCUGCUUUAUUUUUGUAUUUCAUUUAUAAUGCUUAUUUAUUAAACACUAUAUUAAAAUAAUAAACAUAUUUUCUGUUUAUUAA